AACCCUCUCCGCCAUAUCCGCCGCCGUCCGCCGUAGCUUAAAUCUCUUAAACAUCAAUUCCUGCUCCAAUCAACCGCCGCCGCGCGAAAAAUGGCCGCUCUCGCAAGAAUCGAAGCUGCUGCAAUUCCGAUCAUCGUUUUACUGACGCUGUUGAGCUCGUCGGAAGGCAGAGACCACCUGGUCGGCGGCAAGUCCGACGCCUGGAAUAUUCCGGCGGCAUCUUCUAACCCGGAUGCUCUAAACCGAUGGGCCUCCAGGUCCCGCUUCCUCAUCGGAGAUUCUUUAGUUUGGAAGUACGACGGCUCGAAAGACUCAGUCUUGCAAGUGAGCAAGAGGGACUACGUCACGUGCAACACCUCGAGUCCGAUCGAAAAGCAUGUCGACGGCGACACAAAAGUGACAUUGCCGCGAUCGGGGCCGUACUAUUUCAUAAGCGGCGCCGAAGGGCAUUGCCGGAAGGGGCAGAAGUUGAUCGUGGUGGUGUUGUCGGAGAGGCACAGCCGAAGAAUCUCUGUCUCACCGGCGCCUUCACCUGCGGAGAUUGAAGGUCCGGCGACUGCUCCGGCACCGGCUAGCGGGGCCGGGGCUCUGCGGGUCGGGGCGGUGGUGGCGGCGAUGGUGGUGGGAGGAAUUUUGGCUGUUGUGUGAUGGCUUGCAAAAUUGGUUUAUUCUUUUUAGCAGAUAGGGGAUUGAAAUAUUUUCAUGUAUUCCUUCCUGUCUUGCUAUAGUUAUUAUGAUUAAUUUGAUUGAUUAUUUUUCAUUUGAA